CGCCUCACAUCACAUCACAGUGUCCACUAAGCCUGCACCAAACUAUAAACAAAACAAGCAAAAAGCAAAACAUCAAGUUGUACCAUUUGACAUCAACAGAUGCGUACUCUUCUUUGUAAGCUCGCCUCACGUACCAACAAACUUUUUAAGCCUAAAAUAAUCUCUGUAGUGGGCGAUAUGCUUCUCAAUUAUAGUGAUUGUGCAUGCACUCGAGUUUGCAUGCCCAAACGUGCUUUACCCACCUACUAAAAGCUACUCCACGUUGUUGCAUGAAACUAAAUAAUAUGCAUUCCACCAUUCUCAAUCGUCUACCAAUCCCUUAUUGCUCCUUAUCUCGGCCGCCCAUGCAUCACAAACAACCCAAAUUAAACUAUAAUUUAUCACACUAUAAAUUAAGCCCCUUCAUCACUUAGGGAAUCACAAUUUGUGUGAGAGUUGUAGCCAUGGAAACCUCCAGCUGCAGAUUAAAGGGUCGUUUUGCUUUGCUUAUGAUUGUCUUUCUCAUGCUGUGUGGUGCCACAAGGGCACAGUUAACUGUGGAUUUCUAUAAGAGCUCGUGUCCAAACCUUCUCAGAAUCGUGAGAAGAGAAGUCGUGAAAGCUAUAAAGAGCGAGAUGAGAACGGCAGCUUCACUCCUUCGCUUGCACUUCCACGACUGCUUUGUUAAUGGUUGUGACGGAUCAGUGCUGUUGGAUGGAAGUGAUGGGGAGCAAUUUGCACUUCCCAACAUCAAUUCUCUUAGACGGCUUGAAGUGAUUGAUUCAAUCAAAAGCGCGGUGGAGAAUUCUUGUAGCGGAGUUGUGUCAUGUGCUGAUAUAUUAACCUUAGCUGCUAGAGACUCUGUUCUAUUGAGUGGAGGACCAACAUGGAAGGUUUUACUGGGGAGAAGAGAUGGAUUGGUGGCCAACAAAACUGGAGCAGAUCAGGUACUGCCCGCUCCAUUUGAGAACAUUGAUGGUAUCCUCAAGAAGUUCACUGAUGUUGGCCUUGAUCUCACCGACGUCGUUGCUUUAUCUGGAGCCCACACAAUUGGGUUUGCAAGGUGUGCGAUGUUCAACAAUAGGCUAUUCAACUUCUCAGGAAGUGGGUCGCCAGACCCCACCAUGGAGAGCAGAAUGGUGUCGGAUCUGCAGGCGUUGUGCCCUCUCACCGACGAUGGCAACAAGACCACAGUGCUGGACAGGAACUCUACGGAUUUAUUUGACAACCAUUACUACAAGAACUUACUCAACCAAAAGGGGCUGUUGGAAUCAGACCAAAUUCUGUUCUCCAGCGCUGCAGCUCAAAGCAGCACAAAAAGCUUGGUGGAAGAUUACAGCUCAAACACGACGCGUUUCUUUGAAGACUUUGUCAGGGCCAUGAUCAAGAUGGGGAACAUAAGCCCACUCACGGGCUCUAAUGGAGAGAUCCGAAAGAAUUGUAGAGUGGUUAAUUCCUAAGUAUAUAGAUUCCCUUCCCUUGUAUCAAUAAAUUACACAACUUUUUAAGUAGAGCUUAUUGGGUGGUUCACCACUUAAUUAGAACCUAUCGAGUCAUCUAGCACGAUGUGAACUCGAGCAUCGAGAUAUUAGUUGUCUCCACAGUUUGCUCAGUAUACUUGUUAAAGUUUAAACUAUCUUUAUGU